AAUCCACCAUCUUGUCCUCUCUCGACAUCCUCCACGAUAAUACAUCUAAUCUCGCACGGAUUAUUCCAAAAAAAAAAUAUCAAACCACCCAAAAUGGCAGAAUACGAUCUCCUGCCGAAAUUAGUCGGCCACCUUGAUCGCCAUCUCAUCUUCCCUCUUCUCGAGUUUGCUGCUGGUCAACUACCCGAAGACGCUGAUGAUGCCUCCGUCUUGGCCAUCACCAAAGCCAAGUAUGAGCUUCUUAAGACUACAAACAUGACCGAUUUCGUUGGCAACUUGAAGGCAGAGCUUGAAGGCCUCGAACAACCCCCAGCCGAGUUCAACGACAAGCGACAAAAAGUCAUCUCGCGCCUCGAGCAGUUCGAGGAAAGCACCAACAAGCUAGUUGACUUACUAGGUCGUGAGGACGUGGUUGGAAACUUGAGAAGUGACAAGGUGGCCAACUUGGAAUUCCUAAAGAAGGACCACGAGGUUACCAUUGAUAUGGUCAACGCUCUGUACGACUUUGGCAACUUCCAAUAUAGCUGCGGAAACUAUGCCGCCGCUGCCGAUCUGUUAUACCAGUUCCGUGUGCUUUCUACCGAUAACGACAAGGUGGCUGCCGCGACGUGGGGAAAGCUCGCAUCUGAGAUCCUAACCACCAACUGGGAAGGCAGCGUUGAGGAGCUCCAGAAAGUCAAGGAGAAUAUCGACACCAAGCUCUUCAACAACCCGCUAGCUCAGCUGAGCCAACGCACCUGGCUCAUCCACUGGGCUUUGUUCCCUCUUUUCAACGACGAUCGCACUCGCGACGGGCUUCUAGACAUCCUCUUCAGUCCCGCCUACAUCAACACCAUCCAGACCAGCUCCCCUUGGAUUCUCCGAUACCUCACUGCCGCCGUCAUUACUGGCCGUAACCGGACAAGAAACUCGGGUCAGCACCAAAAGCAGUUGAAGGAUAUAAUACGUAUUGUCAAGCAAGAAGGCUACGAGUACAGCGACCCCGUGACCGACUUCGUGCGAGCGCUCUACAUCGACUUUGACUUCGAGGAAGCCCAACGACAGCUUGUUCUUGCCGAGGAGAUCUUACGCUCCGACUUCUUCCUCUUCUCCACCGCCGACCUGUUUGUCGAUGCUGCCCGACACUUGAUCUCAGAGAGUUACUGCAAGAUUCACGCGCGUAUCGACAUCAAGGACUUGAGUGCGCGUCUCGGUCUCGGCGACGACGAGGGUGAGAAGUGGAUCGUGAACUUGAUCCGCGACACCAGAGUGGAUGCCAAGAUCGACUACAAGGAAGGCACAGUCGUUAUGAAUCAUCCUCCUAGCUCGGUCUACCAACAAGUGAUCGAGCGAACCAAGGGCGGAUUCUUCCGAACACAAGUGCUCAGUGCUGCUGUCGCAAGAUAAGGGGUAGCAAUGAUUACAUGAGAUUCUCCAAGGAUACCCGUUUAAUUGACAUGGUAAUGCGUGCGUGAGCCAAAGUUGGGACGAGACGAAUGAGAUCCAUGGUUUUGCCGAUGGGCAUGCAUUCAAGGCGUUUUCGGGGGGGUUUCUGGUACUGGUACAGCUCAACGAGGUAGAACUGUAAGGUAGCAUCGAUUUGCAAAUACAAAAUUUGUUACGACCAUUAACUCUGAGUUCUGUCUGGACUUUUGGUAUGUAGGAUAAGUUUGAUACACUUUCAACUGUUACCAGCUACGCGUACCUACAUGAUUUGUACAUACCUACCUAUUACUACCUAGUAGGUAGUAGUAGGGUACUAGGUAUAUAGUAACGACUCG